AUGGACAAAGCUCGGGAGGGUUCACACAAUGGCUCCUCCCCUGGUCACAGUCCCGUCCUCAACUUGUCCAAGUCCGGCUCUGGCGACCGGGAGCGGCAGGAGCGCGCUGAUCGGGACCGGGCCGAGAGGGGAGAGGGGUCCGCCAGCGGCAGGAGCUCGGCCGCCUCCAGGCGCACCCCCCAGCCCCCGCGGCUCCCCUCCACCGCAACAGCUGCUGCCUCGCCCCGCUCCCACACCGACGAGAGCGACGCCGCCCUCUCCGAUCAAGAUGACCACAACGUCAAGGAUGAGGAUGAUGGUGGAGAUCUGAGCGACGGUGACCACGAGCCAGCGUCGUCCUCCCCAGCGCCCGUGAGCUACGCGGCGGCGGCUUCGACCCCGCCUUCAGUGCCCGUCGACCCCACCGCCGACACCCUGGUGUCCUCCACCGAGACCCUUCUGCGCAACAUACAGGGCCUGCUGAAGGUCGCCGCGGACAACGCGCGCCAACAAGAGAGACAGAUCAGCUACGAAAAAGCCGAACUGAAGAUGGAUGUACUCAGAGAGAGGGAAGUGAAAGACAACAUGGAGAGGCAAUUACUGGACGAACAAAAAAUGAGAGAAAAAGCUUUCGUUUUC